GACGAUAUCGCUUGUAUGAAGGUGACUGUCUUUUACAGCUGUUGCUGUUGGUAUAAGCGGCCUCACUAUCAAUUCAACAUGGCCGGGGAAUAUGAGAGCGUCAUUUGUGUCAAGAACGAAGUUUUUGUAUUUCGAAUUCCACCCCGUUCGUCUAACAGAGGGUACAGGGCAUCAGAUUGGAAACUUGAUGCUCCUGACUGGACUGGAAGAUUGAGAGUUACUUAUAAGGGCAAAGAACUUACAUUGAAGUUGGAAGACAAAGUAUCAGGUGAAGAAUUUGCAAAAUGUCCUGUUGAUGCCUACCCUGGUUUAGCUAUUGAGCCUGUGAUGGAUUCCAGUAGAUACUUUGUGAUUCGAAUCAAAGAAGGGGAACGAAGUGCUUUCAUUGGAAUUGGUUUUACAGAUAGAAGUGAUUCAUUUGAUCUGAAUGUUGCUCUACAAGAUCAUUUUAAAUGGUUAAAACAAGAACAAGAGAUGGAGAAAAUGUCCAAAGAUUUAACUAGUGCCCCAAAACUUGACCUCAGUCUAAAAGAAGGGCAAACUAUGAAAUUAAAUAUUGGUGUAAAGCGCAAUGAAAGUGGGACGAAACAACGAUCAAAAGGACCUGCUACUGCUGGAGGAUUACUUCCUCCUCCACCAGGUCCUAAUAUCAAAAUAAUGCCUUCCUCUGGUAGCCAACAAAUUUCAAGCUCAACAAAUCAUACAAAAGCAACAGCCAUUCAAGGAAGUCAUGAAAACAUUCCAAAUAAUAAGCCAUCAUCAGUAACUGCCAUUGAAGAUUUGUUGUGCGAUUUGGGCACAAACAACAAAUUUGCAACAGAUGCAUCUACCAGCAGAACUGAUUCAUCUAAUAAAAUUAUAUCUCCUUUAUAUAAUGCGUCUGGUGCAAGUAAUAACACACUUGUAGAUUCUAGCUGGGGUGACUUUACCAGUUCACACAGUUCUGCCAGCAAUUGGGUUCAGUUUUGAACAAGACCUCCUCUUAAUUGAUAUAACGAUUGGAGCUGUUCACCGACCUUAUGUUUUUAUAUAAAAACAACAAAUAUUAAUUGGAAAUUAUUGUGUUUCAAUUAAUUAUUUGUUAAUAUUUUUAAAAUCUUGUUAAAGUUCUUUAUUUAUCUCUUCACAAUCAUCUUCUCUCCCUACCCUUUGUUUUACCUUUCCCUCCCGCUCUAAAUACUAUCCAUUUUAUUUCAAACGUAAUUUUCAUUUUUAAUGUUUUAAAUUUUGAUUCAUUAUGAAACAUUACAAUUAAAUUUAUCUACAGUAUUAAGCCAUUGAACCAUUAGAUCCAUAUAGCUAUAUUUGCUAGUAAAAAUCUAAAAUAGCUGUCUAAUUCUAUACUAUUGCAAAUUGGUUAAUUGCUUCAAUUCAGAACUAAAUUGGCUCUAAAUAUUUAUGCAGAACAUUUCCUCAAAGAGCAAGCCUUUCCUUCUUUCAUUGAGCACAUGUUCUCUGACUACAGUUAAAUUUUCAAUUAAUCAGUUGAUUUUUAAAUAAAUAUUUCAUGAAAGGAUAUUAUUGAAGUUGCUGAUUGAUAAUUUGUUGAGAAUGGUUAUAUUCAUAGUUUACAUACAUACACACACAUGCACACACACAUCUGUUCAUACAUAAACAAAACAAAUAUAUACAUAUAUGUACAAAUGAACUCAAACUUUAUGAAGCUUGAUACUUUUAUAAUAUUUUGCUUUAGUUAUGUAUUUAUGUAAAGAAUUUAUUAAUGAAAUAUAAUACAUAUCUAAACCACACAAGCUCUUUAAAUGGAUUUUAAAAAUGUUUGCCAAAAUUUAACAGAAAGUACCUAUAAAACUUUUAUUAUUUUUCUUGAAUACUUAAUAAAAAAAGAAAGAGUCCUAUGUAUGCAAACUCUUUUUAUUCUUUGAAAAUGAGUAUUUUUUUUUAUAAUUAAUAAAAUGUCCAGCAAUAAAUAAGGCUUGUAUUAUUAUAUAUUGUUUAAUUAUUGAAAAUUUGUGUAUUCUUUUCUCAAAGUAAUUGAAUCAUAACUAAAUUUUCUUUUCGUUUAUCUUUCUUGGUUUCCUAACUUUAUAUACAAGCCUUUAGAAAUAUAGCAAAUUUUUUUAUGUUGGAGCCAAAAUUUGUAAGAUGUUUUCAAAACAUUAUUUUAAAGUAAAUUUAAUUCUGAAAACCACUGAAACCACCUGAGAAAUAGCAUUAAAACACCUCCUAUAAAUUAAAAUAAAUCUACUUAAUUUUAUAGAUUAAUUUGUAAUUGCCGAAUAAUGGAAAAAUGUUCUUCAACUGAGAUAAUUAAAUUGAAUAUCUAUUAAUGAUUGAUAUAAAUUUGUUAUUCAAAUGUAGUAGUCAAAUUUUAUUUUAAGUCCACAUAUUUGUAAUAUUGCAGUUUAUUUUACCUAACUCUGAAUGCUUCUAAACUAGAUCUGUAUGCUUGUAAAUUGCCAUUCAGUUAUCUAAGUUUAAGCAAUAAUAAUCCUUUUAUAUUUUUUUUAACCCUUAGUUACAUUUGAAAAUUUGACUGUUAGGCAUUGUGUGGAACAUUUUAAACUAAGAAUUAGGAUGCACAACGUUUAAUUUAUUUGAAAGAGCCAACAACAUUAACAAGUAUACAAGUCUUCACUUGUCACAAUGUAAUUAUCAUUUCUGAGAUAACAGCAUAUUAUUCAUAAUUAGGAUGAAAUUAAAAUAAUAUAUUUUCUAGAUCUGAACAUAUUUUUUUUAAAAAUUCAAUAAACAUUUUUAUUUUUUUAUACAGUUUUAUAACAUAACUCAUAAUAGAUUAGCUAAAAACGACCUAAACGAAUUAGAUCUUUCAUCGGUCACAUUGUUGUUUUAAUAUUUACAUUUUUCUUCCUUUGUUUUAUUUUCUACUUCUAAUUUUAUCAGUCUUAAAGUAAUACUGAAAUGUCCUACUGUGAAAAUAAACUCAAAAUUAUAAGAUAUCUAUUAUAUAAAAAUAUGUGUGAGUAUUUGUAAAAAAAAAAGAUCAUUGCUUGUUAAUAAACAAGUGUAAAUGUCAUUUCCUGCUUCAUAUCUGCUCAGCUGCAUACUUGAAUGUGAGCACAUAUGAUUUAAGCAUGCAUUUUAAGUUUCAAAGCUUUUCAUCACACCAGCCGUAGGUUGUGAACAAUAAGUAAGAAUAUGCUAGUUAACUUCUUUUGUCAUCCUUAAUACUUUACUAUAAUCCACAUUCUUAGAUUACAUUAUUGUACCAAGGUGUGACAGCUGUUACUGCUACCACUUUUUUAUUGCUUCAUGGAAAAAUUGGUGUUGAAAUUACAGCAACAAUAUUACUAUUUGUAUAUUUUUUGCAUUAAAUAUUAAGGCAGUUAUUAUUUAACUGCAUUUUCUACUCAUCUUUUUUAAUAAAUCCUAUGACUUAUAGA